UGCAUUUAGCUUCUAAAAAAUUUAAAAUAUUUAUAAAAGGAGGUGCAUUUAGCUUCCUAGAAAGAAAAAAAAAUUAUAAAGGAGGUGCAUUUUAGCUUCCUAGCAAGAAAAAAAAUAUAAAGGAGGUGCAUUUAGCUUCCAAAUAAUUAUUUAUUAGAGAAAUAGAGGUGUAGUUAGCUUCUAUUGGCAUAUUAUUGUUUGUUUUAAAAAUGGAUAUUAGAAAUAGAAAAAUCCCAGCUCCAAAUUUUGGAAGGGGGGAAAGUAUGAAGAAUAUAAUUAUUUCACAGAGCGGAACUGUUGAGCCCUGUAAUUUAAUAGAUUUGGGUAUAGAAGAUGAUGUUAAUUUAUAUACAUCCAACCCCGCAGUAAGUCCUAUAAACUCGCCUGUGCAGAAUACUAGGACGAUUGAGGAAAGUAAGACGAAUUUGAAUAAUAAAGAUAUUAUUGCGAUUCUAAUGGACAUUCAGAGACAAUUAAAAAAUCAAAAUGAUAGUUUUUCUGAGCUGAGCACGCAAGUUAAGCUAAAUCAGGAAAAUAUAGUUCAAUUAGUAAGGGGUAACAGUGUGGCUGAAAAUAAGGCCAAUAUGCAUGACUUCAGUCAAAAUAGCUGUUUAGACUUUAAUAGGACAUCCAUUGAACAACAUAACCAGGUAUUAACAGCCCCUCAGCUAGCAGCUAAAACAAGUACUAAUAACCCUUAUACAUCAUGUCCAGUUAGCACAAAUCCUAUAAGAGUAAGUAGUCAUGUUCAGCAACUGCAAAAGGAAGAACCAAAACCUAGAAGCCCAUUCUUUAAUGGUAAGGAAGAUUUCAAGGCCUUCUGGACACAGUUUAGGCUAUUGAGUAGUAGAUUCAAAUGGUCCAGCGACAGACAAGUGGAGGAGCUCAUUUUAAAUAGUCUUAGAGAUGACGCCUUGGUAUUCGUAAAUGAGCUUCCUGCUUCCUUGCACAGAGACAUACAACAAAUACAUGAUGCCAUGUCUCAGAGAUUUGGGGAUCACAUUUUACCAGAGACGUAUAGGACCAACUUGCAGUUUAUUAAACAGAACCACAAAGAAAGCAUACAAGAAUAUGCAUCUCGUGUGAAGAGACUAGUAGGUAAGGCAUACCCUGAUGUAAAUGACUUGAGUUUACUGGACCGUUUCAAAACAGAACACUUUAUUAAGGGUCUGCCAGACCAGUCACUAGCUUAUGAGGUCCUCAUACAGAAGCCAGCAACAUCGCAUGAUGCAAUAAAUAUAGUCACAUGGCACGAGUGUUGUCGAAAAAAUGUAAAUAAAAACUUUAAUGUCAGACAAGUAAUUAAAUACCGAUGCAAACUAUAUAGCACAAGAGAAAACAGAAGACUUCGAGGUAUGUAGGACGGAGAAUCCAACCCAAUAUGUCACUCAUGCAGAAUUUAAAAUGGGCAUAGAUGAUUUGAAAAAGGAGUUCAAAAUGGAUGUUGAAGACAUAAAGCAGGAUUUAAAUGAGAUAAAAGAUCUGUUUAAAACUGAGAAGCAAGAAAGAGAAAAUUUUGGUCCGUUAAAUAGACAUAAUGUUAGGAAGAAAGACCAAUUUAAUGCCAACAACAGUAAC